UAGGGCGGGCCUUUUAUGCAUUGCUGCUACAGGGAUACCAAGAUGGAAAUCCAGGGGCUUUCAGAUGGCCAGAACAUUCACUAUCAACAUGGCGCCCCACGUAGAACAGGUUCGUCUUCUAGUAGAACAACGACAGAAGCACUUUCUCGCUCCGUUUCGAACGAGAACGAAACAGAUGAGCAUUUUCAAUCGCACGAACUGCAAAAUGACAACAACAACAAUAGGCCUAGGACAUCACCAUUUCGCCUACAGGCAGAAAAUGGCAGUGGCUUGUACUUUCCCACUCACAGGCAGAACGGUAAAAACUGUCCGCUGCUGCAAACGCAAACUACGAACGUUGGACUCCGUAACGCGAAUACUUUGAAAGAAAGGGAGUUUAAGGUUCAACUACCCACACACGAUUUUUUUAGGACAGGUUAUAAAUAUGAAGUCGAAAGUGGGAAUAACAUAUUACAAAUGGCGUUGCCUUUCUUUGAGGGGGAAGAGGAACAUUCGCAUCAACAGUUUCUGCAACCUUCGGCUUUACGGCAGCAGCAUGAAGACGACGCCUCCCAGCAACAUUCUUUGGCAAAGGAGCAAGUGGCCCAGGAGAGCAACAAUGCAGCUUACAAAAACACGGAGGAAUUCUAUGUUGUUUUCAACAUUGUCAAAGAAGACAGCAACAAUAGUGACGCAAAUAAAGAUCGUCCCGGUGCUCUAUCUAAAGAGGGUGAUGCAAUAAAAGGUAAGGAGGCAGACAAUUCCAAUAUUGAAAGCCCUUCCAGUUUGAUGGAGGCAGUCCGGACUUCUGUCCGUAAAUCUGUCCCUCAGUUUAAUUUGGUGAACUCAAUCUCGGUUGGUGAGGGCGAGGCAGCUAUAUCACAUGCCAAACAGUCUGUUCAUUAUGAAAUGGAUGAAAACAUUGUUCAGACAAACGAGUAUGACGAUCCUAACGUCCGUGGCUCAGUUUGCAUUGAGAACAUGGAUGGGGAGAUAGCCAGUGAACUAGCCUCUCACCCUAUAAAUAACAGUGCCUUGGUUUCAGAAACUGCGGACACUGGUGAGACUGUUGAAAUGAACGACAGCACGGACACUUCUGGCAUAAUUUCUGACCUCACCGAGUCUGCAAACGUGGAUGUGGCCGCCACCAGUGCGUCUGCCAAUGAGACCUUUUCUGGAACCAUAAUGAUAAAUAACCAAAGCAUCAUAGUGACCAUUGAGAAUGGGAUUCUGACUCUGGCUGCGCCUCCAGAGGGUUACAGCCACAGGGAUGACGGGAUGGUCAGCUUGAAGGAGCACCUGGGCAUGAAAGACCACGAGGAUAUUGUGCUUCUCAACUAUGACAGUGGGACCAAAUCUAUUGGUAAGAUCAGCAAUGUGGCCAUAACCUCUUCAGGCCACAACGAGGAGCCCAGAGCAGGCCUGUCCAUGAGUGACUCUGAACUAGCCCUCGCUGACGACUGUUCGUUGUCAGAGUUGAGUGCGUCUUUGGACUCAUGCCCUGUCAUCAAGCAAGAGGGGGCAGCUCUUUGUGCCAUAAUUGAGGGGGACUUUUUGUCCCAAUCUACCAAAGAGGCAUCCACCGAGUGCAAUGUUGACUUCCAUCCCCUCAAUUCAAUGGGACUAUCCAAGAAAGGUGCCCUAGUGGCACUCCACUGCCCACAGCAGGGCUGCCCUAUCACUUUUGACACUCGUCAAAAGCUCAAAGUCCACCUGCUGAACCACACAGAGGAUCAGCGUCCCUUCAAGUGCUCCUUUGAGGACUGUGGCUGGGCGUUCACUACCUCAUACAAGCUCAAGCGCCACCUCCAGUCACACAACAAGGUCCGGCCACAUAAAUGUGAGUUUGAGGGCUGUGGCCGCCACUUCACCACGGUCUACAACCUGAGGGCGCACGUCAAGACCCACGACCAAGAGAAUGCCUUUGUGUGCGAGAUCUGCAAUGAGAGGUUUCGCAGCUCCACGCGGCUCACCAAUCACCUGAGAGUCCACUUCGAACCCCAGAGACCGUACAAGUGUGAAUUCCCAGGCUGCGAAAAGACCUUUAUCACCUUCAGCGCGCUUUUCUCCCACAACCGGACACACUUCCGUGAGACGGGCCAGUUCAUCUGCACCUUCCCAGGCUGUGACAAGUGCUACGACAAGGCUUGCCGACUCAAGGUCCACAUGAGAAGCCACACAGGGGAGAGGCCGUUUGUCUGUGACUCAGACAAUUGUGGCUGGACUUUCACCAGCAUGUCAAAGUUACUAAGACACAAAAGGAAGCACGACGAUGACCGCCGCUUUACCUGCCCCGAGGACGGCUGCGGCAAGUCCUUCACCCGGGCAGAGCACCUGAAAGGCCAUAGCAUCACCCACCUGGGUACCAAACCCUUCGAGUGCCACUUUGAAGGCUGCAAUGCCAAGUUCUCAGCCCGGAGCAGUCUAUACAUUCACUCCAAGAAGCACAAGCAGGAUGCAGGCAGCCUGAGGGCUCGCUGCCCUGUGGCCAGCUGCGACAAGCAUUUCUCUACCCGCAGCAGUCUAAAGAGCCACAUGGUGAAACACCACCACCUCAGCCCUGAUGUGCUGAACCAGCUGGAAACCACGCCGACCCUGACCCCCAGCAGUGAGCUCAUCAGCACCACAACCACUACAGCGGCAGGACCAGGCAUUGUUGGGGUUGACCAGCUGGCCAAUCUGGACCUCAGCUCCCUAUUCUCUGGGGUGCCCGGGGGUCCUGGAGCGACUGCUGCCGGUGUUGGAAUUGGACUAACCGUGGGAGGCACGGGUGGAACAGGUUCAUUUGCUAUGGACCUUUCCCUUGUCAGCUCGGGGAUCCUUACUAUUGACCCGUCCUCAGUGAGCUCUACGCUAGGUACCAACGCCACACUUACGAAAGCUGUGGACCCGCUCAUACUGACAGCCGGCACCGACAUGGGAGUCCAACAUGGGCUGGAGGGGGCUGUCGGCAGUGUCCUCCCCCCUCAAGCCACCCUUCACCUGGACGAUGUCCAGACUGUCACCACAGAGGCACUGGGGACUCUUACUGCCCUGACCUUACAGGGUCCUGCCACUGUGGAUCAUGCCCUCUCACACACACACCUUUCUGGCUCCUCAAGUACUGAGCCCGACGGGUCCCCCUCCCCGGGAGGGCCCCCUGUGGCCGAGCUCCUGGCCCUGCCCUCCAAGGUGCUGGAGGCAGGUCUUGGGAGUGGUCGAGCAGGCAUGGGGCCUCUGCUGGGGUGUGUGGAGGUACUGGGACCCCAGGAGGGGAGGGCCAAGGUGCUGACCCAGUACGUCUUCCCAGGACACAGUGCCACCUUCAGCCCCCAGAAGGACCCGGAGUUCAGUGCCAUGUCACCAAGCUCCUUCCUGGAGAGUGGGGGUUCAGCGCGAACAGACUACAGAGCUAUUCAAAUAGCCAAGAAGAGAAAGCAAAGAGGUCCUGCUGCCUGCUCAGGAAGUCCCGGACUGGGCCAGAGGAAGGGUAAAGGUGGGAAGGCUGGAUGUGCCUCGUCAUCAUUUGCUCCCUGCAACGCCCGUUAUAGCAACGGUGCCACAGUAGCCAAUGGGGGGCUGACGCUCUGCGACCCUGUCACAGGGACCCAGUAUGUCCAGAUCCAGCUCCUGCAGGAUGACCCUGCCAGUGAUGGGGACCUGCCCUUCCAGUUGAGCUCUCAAGCCUCCAGCUCCCAUUCCCAGCUCACUGUCGACCUGCCCGUCAACAUCCUCCAGGAGCCCCCGGCCAUGACCGAGGAUGACAACGGCUCUGAUAACUCCCAGUUCACAGGAAGUACCAUUAACCUGCAGGACUUGGAGUGACCAACUGCAUGCCCAACACCAAAGGGUCAGAAGUCACUAAACAGGGAGGAAGCAUGACAGGACCUGAACCUGAGACAUUCCCUCUGCUCAACCCACACAGGAUAGAGCUCCUGCUAACAAGUGUUGGGAUGUUGGAUCAUCUCUAACCACAAGGUUUCUUAAGCCUUGCUGCAUCUUCAAUGCUUCAGAAUACUAUUCAGAAUACUCCUUUUCAAAUCUGGGGUUGCGAUGACCUUGAAGCCCAGAGCCAAUUGCACCUUGGGAUGAACUGAGAGAAACAUUGAGUGAGAAUUCACAGAGAAACAUUCCACAUUAAAAAAAAUUGUGAAAUAUGUAACGCAAUCAUGACUGAAAAGCACUCUCCCUUUUUAUUAAGAGGGACAAAAACUUUGCAUUGCAAAAACCCAGACACCCACAUCUUUAGAUUUCUUUUCAACUGGUGCCACAAAGCCACUGUGCUUGGCACCCUGUCUGAGCAUCUACAAUGCCUUAUGGACACGCUAUGCCGUACCCCUUGCCACAACUGUUGACAAACUGCUUUGUGUCGACUAGGAAUUUUGUUUUACUUUUUUUGUGUCCAAAGUAUUUUAUGUCUUACGAUGAGCUAGACAGUAGCGUUUUAUGUUGAUAACAUGCAUCGCUGCCUUGUUUGGAU